ACAUCUUUUUUUUUUUUUUUUUUUUUUUCUAAAUUUUCUCUCCUCUUUAUUAAACCCACUUCGCAGAUAAUAAUAAUUAUAAAAGAUUUGGUUGUGUUGUAGGGUUUCGAAUGUUUCUUUUUUAUUUUUUCUGAUACUGCUAACUCGAUAUAUCCUAAACUCCGUCGCCGCCGAUUCGACUGGUUGACUUGCCGCCGUUUUUCGCGUCGAUUUCCGCCUGUUCUUUGGCAGUAGUGGGCUGGUACGCCUUGGAUCUGUUGUUGUCGGUUGGUUCUGGGAGCUGGGGGGUUUUGUAUUUUUUGAAUUUUCGGACCGUUGAGUUGGCCGGAGAUGGCGGAGAAGAAGGUGGAGGAGCAGGAGGAGGGCGGCGCGGCGGUGAAGGGCGGGGAGUUGUUAUUCUGUGGGUGCACGAACUGGGACGGCAUUGGCCGGCGCAAGGUGUCGCCGGAGUUCAACCUGAUUUCGCCGACUAGGCUCCGGCCUCUCGUCGGCGUCAAUAUUUGCUUUGUCGCCGCCGGCUGUGCAUCUUGUCAUUGUGUUGCACUGGAUACUGAAGGUCGAUGCUACACGUGGGGUCGGAAUGAGAAGGGACAGCUUGGUCAUGGAGAUAAAAUUACCCGUGAUAGACCAACGGUUGUUUCAGAGCUCUCUAGGCAUAAAAUUAUUAGAGCGGGAUCUGGAAGGAGCCAUACUGUAGUUGUAACUAACGAGGGGCAGUCCUUCUCCUUCGGUUGGAAUAAACACGGGCAGCUCGGGACAGGAUCGGUUAAAAACGAAUUUGAGGAAUCUCCAGUACGUUGCCUUGUAUCCGAAGUCAAAACAACUUCUUGUGGAGCUGACUUUACUGUGUGGUUAACCUCCAUCGAAGGAUCUUCUAUAUUAACGGCCGGUCUGCCACAGUAUGGUCAGCUUGGCCAUGGCACCGACAAUGAGCACAAUACCAAAGAUAGUUCGGUGAGACUUGUGUAUGAAGCUCAACCGAAACCCCGAGCAAUAGCUGCCCUUGCUGGAGAAACCAUAGUUAAAGUAGCUUGCGGUUCAAAUCACACAGUUGCGGUUGAUAAAAAUGGAUCUGUUUAUACCUGGGGCUUCGGUGGUUAUGGAAGGCUUGGACAUAGAGAGCAAAAGGAUGAGUGGACUCCUCGACGUGUUGAUGUCUUUACUAGGCAAAAUUUUCUGCCCCCGGAAGCUAUAGUAUCAGCCGGUUCGGUAAACUCGUCGUGCACUGCUGGGGGAGGACAGCUAUACAUGUGGGGCAAAAUAAAAAACACGGGGGAUGAUUGGAUGUAUCCUAAACCGCAAAUGGAUUUAAGUGGCUGGCACUUGCGUUGCAUGGAUUCGGGCAAUAUGCAUCACUUUGUCGGUGCUGAUUCCUCGUGUAUAAGCUGGGGGCAUGCGCAAUCCGGGGAGCUGGGAUAUGGGCCGAACGGACAAAAGUCUUCCGCAAUUCCUAAAAAAGUGGAAAUCCUCGAAGGCAUGCAUGUUCUAAGUGUUGCUUGUGGGUUUGCACACUCCAUGGUUGUCGUUGACAGGACAGAUGUCGGUGAUAAAUUGGACCAGCUUGAAGUAUACGAUGGCAAGGCUUCCGAAGAAGUACCCGAGAACGAAACUCCGGUUCCUGAAAAAGCUCCCAAGAAAGCUACGAAGUCUGCUACAAACUCCAAAAAGAGGAAGAAGGCGAAGGACUCAUCAUCGGAGUCUGAAGAAGAGGAGGAGGAGAACAGCGACUAUGACAGCGAUGACAGCGAAGAACGGGCAAACGGGAAACCUGCGGGUAGGGGGAGAGGCGGCAAGGGCGGUAGCAAAUCGACACGCGGGAAAAAAGGCGGUACCGGUCGCGGUAGGGGCCGCCCGCCUGCUGCAACCAAGAGCAGUGCCAGCGAGAAAGCGAAAGGCGGCUCGGGUAAACGAGGAAGGCCCAAGAAAUCAAACUAGCGGUACCCAGUACCUAUCCUGAUUAAGUGAUAACAAAUCUGUUCAUAUGAGAGUAAAUGUAAUUUUACCCUGAUUGCCAUUGCCAUUGCCAUCAUUUGCAGUGGUUUAUGUAUUCCCUUCUUCUAUCCUUAGAGAUUGCUUACAUACUCUCUUAACAUUAAAUUAGAAAUUUCUUUGGAAAAUUUGACAGAGCUGACAGCUGAUGAAAAUGAGUAUGUAGUGUUGUAUCUGUCAGCUCGUUUUUGGAGAGCGCAAGAAAGCAAAAGAUAUCGAAAUUUCUAGUUUUUUAUAA